UGCCGCCGCGACGCCACUUCUAUUUCGGUGAUGUGCGGUGAACAGCAUCAGCAUCCGUCUUCCCCUACCUCACUCGGCUAUCUCCCUCUUUUAGAUAUAGUUUUCUCGCUCAAUGCUCCCUAUUCCCAUUUUAUAUUGUCGUUUGCUCAGGAGAAAUGGGUACUAUGCCUUUGGCAUAAGAGUUAAAGGCGAAUAUUCCCGAAUAGCAUCCGAAGUGGCGUCCCAAUUCCAGUCUUUCCUCUUGCAUUGUGAAAAUCAAACGUAGUAGAAUUGUUAAUCAUUUGUGCAAAUCUGUUUAUUUACAGAUUGACUAAGUUUGUAACAAGCAUUGUUAUUAGGAAUUAGGUGAUCUACUCCGUCUUAAUUAUGUUGUUUUUACACAAAGGCAUGCAUUAAGUAACGUGUUGACGAUAAUAAUUUGUUAUCUAUCAGUUGACGUCUGGACUUCAGAGUAAAGACCAAAAUCAUUCGUACAGUGCGUUCAUUAGUAGCUUUUUUCUUUAAAAUUAUGUGCGAUUUAUAUUAUUAGUGCGAUUCUUAUAGAAAUGGCAACGUUACCAAGAACGCAUAGUUCAAAACAUGGAAAUACGAGCAGUAUAUCAUCACCGUUUAGCACAAGCCCGAGAAAGCUUCAAGAAAUGACGCUGCCUCCGGCCGAUCAUGAUGUUACUAAUGCCAGCGGAGUCAGUAUGAAACAAUAUGAAGAGCAAUUAAAUGGAUUGCGCAAGGAGAACUUUCAUUUAAAAUUGAGAAUAUAUUUUCUAGAAGAAAAACUAGGAAGUGGUUCACCGCCUGCUGUCCAAGGGUUGCUCGAGCAUAAUGUUAGAUUACAAGUUGAAGUAGAGGAACUACGAAGGCAACUGUCCGAUAAACAAGAACUUUUGGCCGCAGCAGCAGAGGCCAUUGAUGUAUUAGAACAACAGGGGUCCAUUUCAACAGAUAGUGUAGAAGUUUCCACGAAAAAAGAAGAUAACCUAUCGGAAAAGCUUUUGGAGAAAAAAGAUGGCUUUUGCGAUGACACUUGCGCCUCCGAGUCCGCUGGCGAUCUCUUGGUGGCAACUGGAGGCAAUCAUGAUGCAAUGGGCGAGCUUUUAAAAUUACGCAGAGAGAAUAAAAAAGCUCUACAAAUGAUAAAAGGAUGCAUGAAGAAAAUUCAGCAACAAGAUAAGGAAAUAAAAAACUUGAAACUGAAUAAGGAAUUAGCAUAUGCACAUGUUAGUGAUUCGCAGUUAGAAAAAUAUGAAGAAAUAUUGAAAUGCAAAGAUGAACAUAUAAAGGACCUUGAAAGUAAAGUGCGUGAAUUACAGAAACAUGCAGAAAAUGUUCAGAACGACGAGAACACAGGAAACUUGCAACAAUUGUUAACACGCCGAUUGCAAGGACUCGCCUACUUCUUAGACAAACUUUUGUCACAUAAAUGUGUGCUUGGUGAGGAAAAGAAAAAACUUGCUGAAAGUAUUUUAGAACAAAGUUUAGCUCUACCUGUUGGUUUAAAACUAGACGAGUCUAUGGCGCCUGAAGAAUUUACAAUGGACGAAAGUAAUCUGGACAUAUCACAAUCCUUUAGAAUAGAAGAUUUAACAAUGAUGUUCGGACAUCAUGUAAUGUGCAGUGGUGAUGAUAACAGAUGCUCUUCUCGCAAACCCUUGAAACAUUUUCCACAGGCUGAUAUUGUUUCCGAAUCUGAAUGUUGGUCAGAGCCAGAUAGAAACGUUUCACUUGCACGGGUUGGACUUUGUGACACUGGGGUGAACGCCAGAGAAUCUAUAUCAGAUAACAACCGUUACAGAUCUCGCCGAUCUCGAGUUUCUUACGGGUCCCGUUCGGAAGAUAAUAAAACUACCAAUGAAUCCGCUAUGCUAGAUGAAAUCAAUCAACUCACUCAUAGAAGUGAGUUGUUGGAAGAAGAAAAUGCUGACUUAAAGAGUAAAUUAGAAUUCGCCCAAAAACAAAUUGAUGACCUCAUAAACGAGAAAGACGAAUUAAAAGAAAUUUUGAAUUCAGAACGCACAAGCCAUCUUGAAGCGAGAAAUGAUAUGGCUGUGAUGAAAAACUGCAUUAUGGGUCUUGAAUUACAAAUUGAAGGAUUACAAAAUAAAGUUAUUGAAACUACUCAAAUGAUAGAAAAAUUGCGAGUAGAAAGACAAGAAUUAGAAUCAACGUAUAUGGAAACUGAAAGAGCCUUGCGACGUGCUGCGGACGAGGCUACAGUUCAAGCUUCUCAAGCGGCCCUUGAAAGGGCUCGAGCACAGCAUGACAGAUUGAAAAUUGAAAGAGAUUUAGAAGAAACACGUGUAAAAUUAUCGGAGAUUAUGGAAACGAAUGCUAAACUAGAAUUAGAAGCUUCUCAAAAAGUUUUGCUCAAUGCAGAUAACAAAGUAGUUGUACAUGAAGCACUCUCAGAAGAAGAUAGACCUACUUCUCCAGAUUUAGGUAUUGAUAGUGACAGAUUUUCCAGUUUGGAACACAAUGACGCAGCUACUUUAUCACCACGUUCAUUAUAUGAAGAAAAUCAAACAUUGAAACAAAAACUUGCUCGAACUAAAGCUACAUUAGCUGAGACGUUGUCACAAUUGAAUGCAGCAAAUCUGAGAAAGAGAAGUGUACAACGCGCCAUAUGCCGCGAAAUACAUAAGACCCAAGGAGUCCUACGUAAAGCGCGGGAUCAGUUUGAAAACCCAAAUUAAUAUUUGGCACAUGAUUUUGGUAUUAUUUCUAUCUGAGUUUCCCUGUGAUUGAUUUUGUGUUCUAGGGUAUCGAAUAAUACAUCAACGAGUCCAUAACUUAAGAUUAUUGAAUUUACUGCAUUAACAAAGAUUGAUUUUUUUACUUUGGAGAGAAGAAUCUUUUCUUUGUAAUUUCUAUUGGUCAAAUUAUGGCGUGGUCAUACACAUAAUGAAUUAAAUACAAUAUUUUUUUUAUUGAUACAAGGUUUUCGGCUAUGACUUAUCUUUUUCACAUAUGCAAGGGAUUUCAUUUGACUUUUAUUUAUAUUGUAAUUAUUAUACUUUUAUUGAUUAUUCAGAACGAUUUUAAUCGCGUAGGUAUCAAAAAAAUCUUUAUGUACCCCCCCAAUCAUUGAAUUAUAACCUCAAAACUUCUUUUAAUAUCUAUAUACGCCUAUAAUUUUGUGUACCUAUUAUUUUAAGGCCUUAGAAUAAGUUUCUUGUAUUAUUAUAAUGUAUUUGUUGAAAACUAAAAAUAAAUAGUACAUUAAGAUUUUUAAACCUCCAUUUUUUCUUGUAAAAUUUCCUUGUACACAUAACCGUCGGAAUUUCAAAACUGACAGAGGCUUAUAAUUUUGAAUAUUCAAAUACAUACAAAGGUUUGGCACCUGUGUGCAAAGUAAGGUUACUUGCUGUCUCUUCACGCGUUAUCUUCUGAACCAAUCGUCUUGAAAUUGUAUUAUUACAAUUAAGAAUUUGGAGAAGGACAUACCUUUUCAUCCCGGUAAAAACUAAAGUUCUUGUGGGAUUAGCGAAAAACCUAUAUUCAUGUAGGUGGCACUGAAUUUGCGCGCGGA